AUCCGCCCCUUCAGCGCGGGCGAAGGCUAGAUAUAACUCAAUGGAUCUAUUGAGUUUUGAUAAAACAUCUUAUUUUGUCACAUCUUGAGCUGCUGAUUGCAUCUUAUGUUGUAAAUGUAACAGGUAACUGUCUUUUUUAUACCACUAAAGCACUAUCGAGUAUCAACACAACCGUUACGCGGACUCACCAUCUGUUUAGCAUCGCAUGCUGUGGCGAUGACUAAUGCCAUGAGAGACAAAGAGAUGACCUUCAAAACCACUAACCCCGUGUGACCGAAUGCUGAGAAGUGAUGCAAAAUCAUAGCCGAUUGAUCUGGCGCAUGGUCUCGACUUAGGUGCGGCAGCGAUAGUGGGCGGGCAUGAGUUUAAAUUUAGGUUCCUGUCGAAAUUAUUCAAUCCUAGCCAGAACUCAGCUGUGUUUUGAGAAGUUCAUCGCAUUUCUUUUGUGGUCUGUGAUGCCAACACAAAAUUACCCGCUGAUUUAAAAGCUUUGUUCGUCCGUUACUUGAUUGGCCUUAGAUAUCCGUUUUAAGCCAGACAGCCAGGAGUUCUGAUAACAAAAGAAACUGACGUGGCAUGGAACACUGUCUAGACGCACGAUCGCCUCCUCUAUGUCAACCGCAAAUCCGUGAAAAGCCUGUGAACAGCGCAUACCAGUCUCCAGGACCGGGCUUACACGGUCGAACCUGAAUCUGUCGCCUGUCUGUGCCGGUGGCAGGAGGGGCAGCCGGCAGAGCCAGUGGCCGCUGGACGGCGGACGGUGGAUGGCGGACGGUGGACGGUGGUCAGUGGACCGUGGACGAUGUUGUGAUCUUCGAAAGGAGAGUGCCGUCGAAGAAGAGGUCUGAAAAGGCCUGAUUGGCUGACUUAGCCUUUUUCAGCUGAGAUACCACAUCAGCUACCGCAGAUAAAGAGUUAUGGGCUGGCCCCGAAUCUCUACAGCACGGCCGAGGCUUCUUCUGCUGCUAAUAGCACUGUCGCUGAUGACAAUGACAACUGAGUUAUCAGACACUAAUGGGGAGGAGGGUGACUUCAGUGGGUACCAGGUGCUUCGGGUGCUGGUCAUCCGGAGGGAUACCGUUGAAAUCUUACGGAGCUACCAGGACCGGCCAGGUGUUGACUUUUGGACGGAGCUCAGCGACCGGGCCGGGCCCGUGGACGUCAUGGUCUCCCCCGAUGUGGGCCGCCAGCUGAAGGAGGAGCUGACCCGCUCCCGGUCGUCAUACGUCGUCAACAUUGAGGACGUGCAGGAGGUGGUGAACGCCGAGCACCCGACGGCCCCGCACGCCGACAUCGGGCUGACGGCUCGCAGCGCGUUCUCUCUGACCUGGAGGAAGUACCACCGGCUGGCCGACCACCACCAGUACCUGGACUUUGUGGCCGACAGCUACAGCCGGCUCUGCCAGACCUUCAGCAUCGGCCGCAGCUCCGAGGGACGAGAUAUCAAGGGAAUCAAGUGCGGAAAAGGAAAACGGGAGAUCUGGAUCGACGGCGGCAUCCACGGUCGGGAGUGGAUCUCGCCGGCCGUGGUGUCCUACCUGAUCCGCGAGUUCUCCGAGCGGGCGCACCUGCACGAGCACAUCUUGGGUAACUUCACAAUCUACAGCGUGCCCGUCCUCAACCCCGACGGAUACGAGUUUACCUACACGGGGGGCAAGAAAAACCGUUUCUGGAGAAAAACUCGCUCAAAGAACCGCAACUCAAAGUGCAUCGGUGUGGACGCAAACCGCAACUUCGACAUCUACUGGGGAAAGGUGGGCGUUUCGAGAGACCCGUGCAGCGACAUCUACGCCGGACCGAGACCUUUCUCCGAGCCGGAGACCCGAGCCGUCAGACGGUUCAUUCUCAGCCACGCCGGCAAACUGGAAAUGUUCCUCACCUUUCACAGCUACUCGCAGCUGUUGCUGCUGCCGUUCGGCUACAGCGAGGAGCGGCCACCCGACUACUCACAGCUGCUGCGGGUGGCCAAGUUGGGUCGGCAGCGCAUCUUCAGCGCCUCCGGCACGUGGUUCAAGAUCGGCCAGCCGUCCCAGCGGCUGUAUCCAGUGUCGGGUAUCUCGCAGGACUGGGCCAAGGCCCGCGCCGGCGUCCAGUACUCGUACUCGCUGGAACUGCGCGACCGCGGCAAGUAUGGCCUGCUGCUGCCCGCCAGCCAGAUCGAGCCCAGCGGAAAGGAGAUGGUCGAGGGCGUCACGGCCAUGAUCGAGGAGAUCCUCUGACUCUGACGUUACGAACUGGCGUGGCGGAACAGCUCGUGCACCUUUGCUGAGUGCUUUUAGUGGUGGAUAAAUAUAGCUGUCUGGUCUUUUUUUUGCAAAUAUGACUAUGCUUCGU